AUGUCGACAAAGCCCAGGCAGAAAAAGGAACUCGCAGUCCCCCGACCUAGCUCAAGGCAUGGCUAUGUCGUCCUCAUAUCACCCCAAAAUGAAGUCCUCCUACUCCACAGAGUGAAAACAUCGACCUCAUAUGCAUCCGCACAUGUUUUUCCAGGAGGCAACAUAUCGCCUUUACAUGAUGGGGAAUAUGCUUUUGACAAGGAAGACCCGCGACGACAUUACGAUGCACCCAACUACCGAAAUGCAGCUAUUCGCGAGCUUUUCGAAGAAAGUGGUAUUCUGCUUGCCAAAGACAAGCAGGAUAGCCUGUCAGGUCUCUUCCAUGUAAAUGAUGCAGAAAGGGAGCAGGGAAGGCGAGAUAUCCAUAGUAAUAAGAUAGGGUUUUCUGAAUGGCUUCGGAAACAGCAUGCCACGGCCGAGCCGGAUAUAGAUGGCCUGAUACCAUUCACACAUUGGAUAACCCCGACGAACUUACCAAAGAGAUUCACAACACAGAUGUACCUCUACUUCCUACCCAUCCCUACCAAGGAGCAUUCUGCACAGAAUACAGCAACUACAACAGCACAGGGACUGCCCAAAGAUGGCCGACAAGAAGUCCAAGUACCCACUUCUGAUGGCGGAAUAGAAAUUAACGAGGCCAGAUUUCUACCAGCGUCGACAUGGUUACAGAAAGCGCGUGCUGGCGAGAUUAUUCUCUAUCCGCCUCAAUAUCUAUUGCUUUCGAUUGUGUCGCAAUUUCUCGACCAGACCGCCCCUCACCAAGGCCCAAACUCGACCGUUGAAGAACUAAUAGAAGAAGAGGAGAAAGAACGACACAGCCGCAGAAAUAAUCUACUCCAAUUCAUUCUUACUGACAACCCGCCAUGGACAGACAAAUUCGUAUGUCCUAAGACAAUGAAGCUUCUUGACGACAAGAGGUCUGUUCUCGCAUUGGAUGAACCUGGCCCGGAGCUGCAUGGAUCAGGGAAGAAGGGAGUGUUUGAUCGGGUGAUUUUGGUUCGAUUUGACAAGGAUGGGCCCCAUGAUGUGGAUGUUUGUUGGAGAAAGGAUGUACUGGGGGACCUUAAGAGUGCUUUAUAG